GCUAUAUUGACUUGAUUAUUUACAAUUCUAUCUGUUUUCUGGUUGCAAUAUUUUAACGUCUGUAUGCAAUGAUUAGCACCAGACGGUAUCUAAUUUAUCUCUGCUUAAUGAUCAUCAUUAUGGUUAUGUUAUAUGAUGGCUUUAAUGAAGAAAUGGAUGCUUUAAAUGAACUUACAAAUAGGCAAAACUCUAUACUAAAAAUGAAAACAAUAAACCAGAAAGAGCGUUCAGCGUGGGACAAUAAAAAGACAAUUCAGUGGUUUGACAUAUAUCAUAACAAUAGUGGACUUAGAAAUCGGGCUUUGAACGUCGAUUUUAAUAAAUGUAGUAAUAAGAACUGCGAGUUACUAAAAUAUUUCGAAUUUAAGUCACAUGACGAUGUGCUGCAGCACGGACCAUUGGAUGCAGAUGCCGUUAUUUUUCAAGGAAGCCAUCUUGGUGAGAUGUCACCACCACGCCGACGUGACAACGACCAGGUAUUUGUUUUCGCUGAAAGAGAGCCAUGGUGGAAUCUUGGUAUUUACAACAGCAUGGUGUCUCCAGCAAAACCUUAUAAAACAGUAAAAGAUGAUCAGCUAGACUGGUUUUCUAAAAACAUACCGAACGCCAUUAUAAAUCCACAUCAUUACAUUAAUACAAUAAAAUUUCGAGACAUGUUUAAUUGGACAAUGACGUACAGACGAGAUUCUGAUAUUUCAAUGCCUUAUGGGAACAUUCUUCAUAAGAAAGAAGCUACCGACAACGAUAAAUUCAUGUUGGAACAGAACAAUAAAGAAAAAAAUUAUGAUGACAUUUUUGAUAAAAAGGUUUACGAUGCAGUUUGGCUGGUGAGUCACUGCACAACGAAAUCAAAACGGGAAAGAUAUAUAGCGAGUUUGAGGAAACACAUAAACGUUGAUGUUAUAGGAAAAUGUGGUGAGGACAUGUGCCCUAAACAGAGAAAAAGGUCAGGUUGUUUGAAAGAUAUUGAACAAAAAUAUAAAUUUGUUCUUUCUUUUGAGAAUACUUUUCAUAAAGACUAUGUAACAGAGAAGUUAUUUGACUGGUACUCUAAGGACAUCAUACCUGUUGUUUACGGUAUGGCAGACUAUAAGAAAAUAGCACCAGCAGGGACAAUUAUUAUUGCCGAAGACUAUAGUUCACCCAAACUUUUAGCCCAAUACUUGAAAUACGUCGGUUCGAAUCGUGACACGUAUGUGAAUUUUCUAAGACGAAAAAGACGAUAUGUAACAGUAUCACAUGACGUCAUGCAGCAGACGUCGUAUUGUAAGCUUUGUGAUUGGCUACAUCAUCUGGACGACAACAGAAAGUCGUAUCCUAAAAUAGACCAAUGGUGGCAACUGAACGAUACAUCUGGAUUCAAUAAACUGUAUUCCCAAGCAAUGCCCACGGAUGGCAUUAACAAAAUAAGUUUGGGUUUUCUGUUUCUAGUUUUCGUUGCUUUAAUAGUGAUCGUCUGCACACUUGUACACAAAAGAAUAGUGAUACUACAGAAAGAGAAAUUUGUUCUAUAA